GAUGUUGCCCAGUGCAGCCUAAUUUAUCAUGAAUCUAACUUCUGUACAGGGGAGCAGCAAUGUUGGUUUGUUAUUGGAAUCACUGUUUUGAAUAGCUGGACAAAAGUACAAAGCAGAUUGAAUAGAUCAUCUCAUAAGACUUUACAAACGAAUUGUUGCACACUGGGGAGUUUCAAAAGGCUUUUACUGUGUAAUGGUAAUUGAACUUUCCAUUUUGUCAAGCUCAUUUCUUUACACGAGUCAGGAUUUGUAUGUUUUUGUUACAUGGCGUCAGCCAGUUAGCGGGGCUACUGGGUUUUGUUUUUUCUAAUGAGACAUGGUUAAUAACUGAGAUGCAAAGAACAGUGCAAAAAGUCUAAACAAGUUUGUUUUACUGCUGUAGUAAGUUCUCAAUCAAACCCACCUUUUUAACUUAAAAGGUCUUAAAGGCUAGCUAAAGGUCUUAAAGACUCCUUCUACUGGGUUGAGUGCAUGUUUAGAUUAUCAGUAUUUUGGUAUUAUGGAAGCUUAUGCUGAAGAAAAAAAUAUUAAGCCUUAACUGGUUGAAACCACUAUCACAGUGUUUUAUAGGUAGUGUGGAUGUGUAUACUGACUUCUAAAAAUGAUUGUGAUUAAAAAAGUGAGAUCUUUGGAUGUCUCUACUCAGCAAAAAAGCAGGUUCACACAAACUGGAUGGCUAUUCCUUCUUGUUUUUUCUGUCUUUAUCUAUGGCUCUCAUGCCCCCCUGAUUACGCUUUGUAAAGUCGAUGGUAAAGUCCCCUUUAGCCCCUCAUCCUGUGUGGUGCUGAUUGAGGUAACCAAGCUCUUGAUCUCCUUGGGGCUGCUAUUGAUCCAGGAUUUGCGCUCCCUACAAGUCACUCUUUCCUGGGGCCACAUGGUUCCUUAUGCCUUUCCAGCAGUGCUGUACGCAAUCAAUAAUAAUUUGGUGGUCUAUAUGCAGCUCUACAUGGAUCCUAGCACAUUCCAAGUCUUGAGCAACCUGAAGAUUAUCUCCACUGCCCUGCUGUAUAGCCUCUUUCUAAACAAACGCCUACUGCCAGUCCAGUGGUGGGCAGUCUGUUUGCUUAUGAUGGCUGGAGUGUGCCAUACCUACAGCAGCUUGGAUCACACUGAGGAAGAAAAAGGGGAAGCUGUAGUAGGAACACAGUUUCAUAUCAGUGUCCUGGGUCUUGUUUUAGUUCUCUCAUACUGCUUUGUGUCUGGCUUGGCUGCUGUCUACACUGAGCUUAUUCUGAAGACUCAGCGACUGCCACUGAACUUACAGAAUCUCUUUCUCUAUGUGUUUGGAGUGGCAGUGAAUUGCUGUGCCCACUUUACCAAUGCUGGCCCUGGGUUCUUUGAGGGGUAUUCUUGGGUGGUUUGGCUGAUUGUGACAACUCAGGCACUGAAUGGCCUGUUCAUGUCCCUUGUCAUGAAACACAGUAGUAACAUCACACGCCUCUUUGUCAUUUCUUGCUCCAUGCUUGUGAACGCAGUGCUUUCUGUUUCCCUAUUCAGUCUCCAGCUCACACCUCUUUUCUUUGUCUCAGUUGUAUUGAUUGGUCUGGCCAUUUACUUGUACUACCAUGCUUAAGCAAAAGCUAUCCUGAUGUUUUUAGUUCAAGAACAAGAUGGGGCAAUACUGAUGGACUUCUCUGACCUUCCCACCCAUGAAACUAUUUUUCCAUACACCUCAAGUACCAACAACAUAAAGGUGGCUCAGGCCAAAUGAAGGUGUGUGCCUCACUGAUUUCACCACAAUCAAAUGGAAAGAGAAGAGAAGGCAAUGGAGGAUCUAAUCCCUGUCAUAUCGCCAGUAGCACUAAGCCAAUUAUGUGCCAACAUUUCAAGGAAUCUAGUGAUUAUCAUCUGAUGACUUUAUCAAGCCAGGACAGAUAUUUCAAAUGGGAGUACAUACUUAGUUUUGGGACUCAGUUUGCAAACUGGAGCUUGGCUUGAAGAAACAUCCUUCGUCCUUUAUUCCUGGUAGGAGUCACAAAUUUGAGGUGCAAUAAAAAAGCCUGAUGUCCAAAGCAUUUCAAAGUAGACUUGGGUAAGACCGGUCGAGAUUAUAGCAGCACCUUAGCAAACUAUUGUUUUUUAAACAGUGGUUUGGAAAAAUCCCAAGGAAAUACAGUUUCAUUUGAUUGCCAAAGUUCAAGAGGAUUCUUUGUUUUUGUAAUGACUUUGUUUAUGACUUUUCAUGAAGAUGGUGCUUUUACCUUGGGUCUGAAUUGUGUUUUAUUUGAUACUCUUAAGCAUCUUUACCAUCAGUUUCCAGACAAUAAGCCAAUCAUAUUUUUGUUAUUCUGAAAUUGUAGGAUGUCUCAGUGACUGUUACAUGCCAUAUUCAUUGCAUAUUGUUUGAGUUGCCUUCUUUUGUCUCAAACAUCAUAAGUCCAUGACUGUUGUCUAAAUGCAGUUUCCAUAUGCUUUACCAUAUUGUUUGGCCUUCAGAACUGCUUUAUUUUUGUUAAGGGCUCUGCUAAUAAAUAAAGUGCUAUUUACAGUU